ACUGUGGGAUAAACAACGGCAGCAAAUAAUGUGCAGCACCAAGAAAUCCAAGCAUUGUUAUUCCUGCUGUGUCUUACAGUAGUAGACCUGGCUAAUAAGCAUAGUAGUGGUGCUGAUAGUGGUAAUAAUACCUUACAGAAGUUUAAUGUGAUCUUUUAGAAUUUGUUUGCACUAUUUUGUGAACCACCCUGGAAGUGCAAAUAUAUAACGUUCAUCGGUCAAUUAACUGUCAGUGAAACCUCUGCAAAGACACAGCAGGAACGUAAGGAUCUUUCGCAGCAACUUUUAACAAAUUCUAGGGACCAGACGAUGGGUGGUCGACGGCACAACGCUACUGACCGUUACGCAUGCGUAUUCUUCUUUGCCCUUUCCCUUCACCUCCCUUCUUCAGCCUCUUGCCCAUACGUAGCCUGUCCAAUGAAGAUGAGGUUUGUUGGACGGCGGGCGCUUGAGGGAGAAACUGCCCAAUAGAAAGAAGCGACGCUUUCAUUGAUUUGAAGGAAGUUCGAGAGCUUACGGCGCUACAUGGGAGGAGGUGGAGGAAGAGGAAGGAAACCGUAGACUUUGCGUCUGUGAAUGGUGAUAGUCUGCGAGUUCUCCUUAUUCCCUGCCCCUCACAAUGAACUCGCUGGAACAAGCGGAAGAUCUCAAGGCUUUUGAAAGAAGGCUUACUGAAUAUAUAGCUUGUUUACAACCAGCUACUGGACGCUGGAGAAUAAUACUUAUAGUCGUAUCAGUCUGUACAGCAACUGGUGCCUGGAACUGGUUAAUAGAUCCUGAAACGCAGAAGGUUUCUUUCUUCACAUCUCUAUGGAAUCAUCCAUUCUUCACAGUUAGCUGUAUUACUCUUAUAGACUGGAAAACUAAUAUUGAAACCCCGGCUUCACGUCCAGUAACCCAUCAUCUCCCUUCAACUCUACUUGCUGCUGUGGAAAUGUAAGAAAAGAACUUUGUUUGAGAGAGUGAGGCCAAAUAGGAUCGUGGGGUGUUGAGUUGACAGCAAAAGCGUGAAAACAUCUGGUUUAUUUAUUCAUAAUUUCCUUGCGUUUUCUUGUCUGUUUUAUGCUUUCAGUUCCUUCUCUGGCAGCAGUACGCUGUACCCUUCCAAAUGCUGGAGGACUCUGACUCCCAUCAGCCCCAGCAAACAGAGUUGUGGGUAAGGGAUAAUGGGAGGUGUAGUCCAAUAGCAUCUGGAGGGACACAGGUUCUCCAACCCUGCCACAUAGUAUUAGUAUGUCUCUGGGGUUUCAUCUUCAGCAAGGUGGGAGCCUCUAUUUAGAAAAGGACUCAAUGGGUUUUAUGAUGUGCAAAUCACUGUAAAUAGAAAAUGGAAUCAGUAUUUGAAGAGAUACUUAAACCUGCCAUUCACACAGCGUUUUACCAUUACAUUUGUUCAUUAGUCAUGGCUAUCUCCCUCCCCAUCCAAUGCUGCAUUUUAUAUAUAAAAAUUCUUCUGGCAGAAUUCUUCUUGGUGCGUAUUACUUUGAAUUUUGUCACAAAAGCUCCUGUUCUUCAGUUCCUUGCAUUAGCAGUAGCCUAUUUUCAGCAAAUUCUAUGUUUAGGCUUUUAAUAUUAUAAAACCUCUGUGUGUUUGGGACAUACAGUAAUGAUGUAUUGUACGUGAAAUUUACACUGUGGUAGUUUUGCCACGAAACUAGUAUUGCUCAACUUCAGAUUACUUGAUAAAAAGAAAGUGCCACAAAUGUAACAAAGCUCAAGGUAGAUUCAGACUUUCCUUUGGGCCCAGUCUGGCAUAAUGCUGCCUGAUUCCUUAAGCAUCAUUAGGCAACCUGCAGACCUGUGUGUGCUUUUCCCUCUCACGUGAAACUUCUUUUCAGUUUCUGAGCUAGCGAAAGUUACUGCUUCCUUGGUGCCAGCGUUUUUGCUAACCACAUUUGGUGCCAAGCCAGUUUUCAAGCCUGCUUCAAAUCACUGCUGCAAACUGUGGUUUGACAUUAGCUAAGGUUGGCAGAAAUGUUAGCAUAAUGCAUUAAUUCACUGUUCAGUGGAGCAUAAGCUGCAUUAUUGAUAUUGCAAGAGAGGGUUAGAUGCCCGGAGGAGGAGGAGUAUGUGAAGCUGUGGCACGCUAUCUGAUUAUAUGAGCAGGCAGCAUGACACUUAAUGCAGGACCAUCUAUUUCCCUCCCUUUGCCCAGUUGGAUCAUCCUAAUCAGGCAUGACAAAUGCAUAGUAGCCACUGAGUCAAAUUCUCUAUCCUUAAAUGCCCGUGGAACUUGGUGGAUAGGGGAUGGCAAUUGAAAUAGCUUUGUGAAGAGGCAAAAUCAGCCAUCUGAAUCUACCUUUAGUACAGAAAAGUGUUAAAACUUAAAAGUGGCUGUUACACAUAGUAUGACUUUGAAAUACUGACACAAAGCAAUUUAAUUUUAAAUCCUUCCUGUGCCUUUUUACAAGACCUGUUUCAAGCUAUUUUAAGAAGAGUAUAAAACUUUAAGAGCACAAAGCAACUGGCAGUGUAGGAAAUGCUGCACCUCAAGGAAGAUUUUGUACAUACAGGAAACCAAAACUACACUUGUGUCAAUGUUUAAUUCUCCUUUGAAUGCUGCAAUUAAAUCCUGUGCUCUUGAAGUCUACUCUGCAUUUCUUGCUCCACCUGUGUUUUUAAGUGCUGUAAAUUUUUGUAGGAAAUGUGUACAAAAUAAACAUUUUAUUUAUAA